AUGGUGGCAGUUCAAGGAGUACAAGUAGGCACUGCAUUUGUUCAGGUGUCAAGCCAGUCACAUUGGGCAGAGACGGUGCGGCAGGGACAACAGUCUGGCCUGCGACUGCUAAAGCAGUUUGGGACUGUAUCUGCUGCUGUUGACCGCAAGUUGAUGGAUCAAGAUUUAGGUGGUGAGAAAAGGAAGAAUGGAUUAAUGAAAAAGGCAAGUGAAUUAGCAACAUUAUGUGGUAUUAACAUGUGUAUGAUUAUUUACAGUCCUUACAACACUCAACUUGAAGUUUGGCCAUCUCCUUCAGGAGUCCAAAGUAUUCUCAAUGAUUUCAACGCAAUGUCAAAGAUAGAUCAGAGUAAAAAGAUGUUGAAUCAAGAGGCAUUCAUUAGGCACUCUAUGAAAAAAACAAAGGAUCAACUCAACAAACAACGUAAGGACAAUUGUGAUAAGGAGAUUAUACAAUUCAUGUUCGACAGCUUGAAUGGUAAGCCUUUGUCAAACCUAACAGCAAAAGAUCUUAAAGAUCUCGGUUGCAAGAUUAAACAUUUCUCAAAGGAUAUCGAUAAAAUGAUUGAUAGACUUACUAUAGCUGAUCAAAAAUUUGAGAAUGCACAAAUAAAGACAUCAGAUAUCAAUCUAAAUGAUGGAGACAACCUUCAAAAUUCAUCAAAGAAUGAUCCAUGGCUCAUAGAUUUUGGACUUGGAAAGAUGAUUAUGCCUAUGGAAGACAAUGACAAUGAGAACAUCGAGAACAAUAACAACAACAAUGAUAAUGGAGCUGCUUGA